CUGCAACGAUGCUACCCAACUGGGACGACACUGGAGAUAUCCCAGUGGAGACACUCGCACGAUUCGAGAAGGAUGUGAAGCGGACCGACACCGGGUUCCUGGCGAUAGCAACAGAGGUGGAGAAUGACGGAGAGAAAGCCUCGGAAACUCCAGAAAAAAUCAAGGAAUUACUGAAGGAGUUCCAAGACAUUCUUCCUGACGAUCUUCCGAACGAGCUACCGCCAUACCGAACGCAUCAACACGAGAUCGUGGAGGAACCGGGUUCGAAGCCGACCUUCCGAGCACCAUACCGGCUCAGCCCUACGGAGCUGACCGACAUGAAGACGCAGAUCGAGUAUCUCCUAGCCAAAGGACUCAUCCGACCAUCUACUUCGCCAUACGGUGCCCCAGUACUCUUCACACCGAAACCGGACGGAAGCCUGCGCAUGUGCAUCGACUACCGAGCUCUUAACAAGCAGACCAUCAAGAAUAAAUAUCCGAUACCGCGAAUCGAUGACCUGCUUGACCAGCUUCGGGGAGCUACGGUAUUUUCCAAACUGGAUCUGCGGUCCGGAUACUGGCAGAUACGGAUGGCGGACAACUCUAUCCACAAAACUGCUUUUCGAACUCGGUACGGAUCGUACGAGUAUUUGGUCAUGCCGUUCGGACUCACCAACGCGCCGGCAACGUUCCAAGCCGAAAUGAACCACAUUCUACGACCACUUCUGGACGAAUGCGUGGUGGUGUACCUGGACGACAUACUCAUCUACUCGCGCGACAUGAAGCAGCACGUCGAACACCUGCGACGCGUCUUCGAAAUUCUUCGACGGGAACGAUUCUACGUCAAACUGUCCAAGAGCGAAUUCGCCCUGGAGAAAGUCCAAUUUCUAGGACACUUGGUGGGCGCUCAAGGAGUUCACGUCGACCCCAAGAAAGUCGAAGCCGUACGUACGUGGAAGACACCCGAGAACGUGAAGGAGUUGCAGCAGUUCCUAGGCUUCGCUAAUUACUACAACAGGUUCGUGCCACAGUAUGCGAAACUCGCGGCACCACUCACGAAUCUGCUGAAGAAGAACACGCCCUACAAAUGGGAGACGAAGCACCAGGAAGCCGUGGAGCAGCUGAAACAAGCACUAACGUCCGCACCGGUGCUCAUCUUGCCAGAUCCCGAACGCGACUACGUAAUCGAAGCUGACGCCAGCGACCAGGCAGUGGGAGCAGUCUUGAUGCAAGACCAGGGGAAUGGACUACAACCAAUUGCCUACCUCAGCAAGAAACUGCACGGGGCAGAACUCAACUACCCGAUACACGACAAAGAGGCUCUUGCUAUCGUCAUCGCCUUCAAAGCGUGGAGAUGCUAUCUCGAAGGACGAAGAACGACCGUCUACACUGACCACUGCAGCCUGAAAUAUUUGAAGACACAACCCAACCUUUCCAGGCGGCAGGUCCGGUGGAUCGACUUCCUCGAGACACACUUCCACUACGACAUCGUGUACAAGCCCGGCCACAAGAACAAAGCAGACGCUCUCAGCCGGCCUGCACACGUUGCCGCGAUUCAGAUCGAAGGGAUGAAUCCACUACUCAAGGGACUCUUCACCCACGGGUACGCCAUCGACCCCGAAAUUUCCUUGGCAGAAAAGCGACAUCUGCUACAGUGGGACAGUAACAUCGCGUACCGGAAAGGAUCAACAAAAAUCUGGGUACCCAAUUACCCUCCUUUGCGCCAGUUACUACUCGAAGAAUAUCACGACGUCCUCUACGCCGGACACUUCGGUAGCAACAAGACGCUCACCGGUAUCGCCAAACACUACUACUGGCCCCAUAUGGCAGACGACGUCCAGAAAUUCGUCACCUCGUGUGAUACAUGUCAGCGGAUGAAGAGCAGCAAGCAGAAAAAGGCGGGACUACUGCAGCCUCUCCCUGUCCCAGAACAACCAUGGCAAGUGGUUAGCCUAGAUUUCAUCACCGGGUUACCACCUACCUCCAGCGGUCAUGACGCCAUCCUUGUCGUCAUUGACAAGUUCUCCAAAAUGGGACACUUCAUCCCGACACACACGACGGCACGCACCGAGGAGACAGCACAGCUCUUCGUUCGUCACAUCAUCUCACAGCAUGGCAUCCCAACCACACUCAUUUCCGACCGAGACCCCAAGUUCACCAGCAGGUUCUGGAAGGAACUUAUGUCUCUUCUCGGGACCAAACUCGCCAUGUCAUCCGCAUACCAUCCGCAGACAGACGGACAGACCGAGCGCCUCAACCAAAUUGUUGAGCAACUCCUCCGAGCAGCCUGCAAGGACGACAUCUCCAAAUGGGACUUGCACCUGCCCGUUCUCGAGUUUGCUUACAACAAUGCUACACAUGCCGCUACUGGACAGACGCCGUUCUACCUCUGCUACGGACGCCACCCACUCACACCACAAAAACCGACAGCAUCACCUACAGUCCAACCCGCACAUGAUUUCAUUACAACCAUGCAUCAACUUUGGGAUCGGACCCAUAAGCGCCUCCUUGACAUUCAACAGCAACAGAAGCGCCAGGCCGAUCGCCAUCGCAACGACCACACCAUUUCCGUGGGAGACCAGGUUCUCCUUGACACCCGCAACCUGGACAUCAGCCACCUCCCAUCUAAACUUCGACCUCGCUUCUGCGGGCCUUUUCUCGUUGAAGCACAGGUCACUCCUGUUACCUUCCGCUUACGCCUGCCAGCUACCUGGAAGAUUCACAACGCCUUCCACGUCCAACUUCUGAAGCCCUAUCGGGACCCGAACACAAUUUUCGUCGGACGCCAGCCGCCGCCGCCGCCGCCCGUCCUCGUCCAGAACGAACCCGAGUACGAGGUCGAGUCCGUGCUCGCACACCGCCGUCGUCGGAAUGGCACCGUGGAGCUUCUCAUCCGUUGGAAGGGUUAUGAUCCUUCUGAGGACAGCUGGGUCUCUGAGACCGACAUGGGUAACGCCCGUCGUCCUCUGCAUGACUACCUUGUCAAGCAGGGUGUUACUUCUACCACCCAGCUUUGAGGGGGGGAAGUGUGAGAGUACGCCUCCGUUACACCACUU